AUGACGCUCCUGGAAGGAGAAGCGCGGUUCCGGACAAUUAACGUAAUGAAGGAAAGGAGAUCCAGUUCUCAGGUGAGACGGCUACCUAUUUUAAUUGAGGACCGCCACACCCUUAUAAGCCAAGGAUAACGUUGUCUUAAGAGUUUAAUAAUGCUACCGAUCAUCACGGUGCUCUUAGCAGGCUUGCUCGUUUUGCCGGCUCAAAGUGUAAGUGCUACGUCAAGUUAAGGUCAUUGUACUUAUAAAUAAGUAAAAUAUAUUUUUUAAAACUUUUUACUUUUUAUACUACUUACAAUACAUAGAUCAUAUUUCAGUGCGUAUCAUCUGGAGUUUGUGGCGGUUCUUCGUGCUACACUCCCCCUCCAGUCCAAUGUAACCCCAGCAGCUGCCAGCAGGGUUACUCUUGUGGUCAUUAUGGCUGCGCCCGUAAUCGUGCUCGAUCUUCCCUCACACAAAAGGUAUGUAUAUUAACAUAAACAAAGCUUUAAAAAAAGGUGUUAUAAACUAAUAAACUAUUCAGAAUGGCAUCGUAGUACCAGUAGAAGUCUUUGUUAACCAAACUGUACCAAGCAGAAACAUCUUCGGAGUUGAAAGACACAAAUUUGUAAAUUCUGAGGAAAAAAUCGACCAGAAGAUGUACGACAAACUAACUGUAAGUUUUGUUUACAGUACCUUAUGCUUGUUUUAACCUUCUCAAAAUUGUAUUUUACCUAUUGAGAUAUUUUAGAAUCCAAACUACUUGUUCAGACAAUGUUGUGAAGAUCGCCAUCUCCCUGACGCUUGUCUCCAGAAAUGUCAUUUCAAUGUGUUCAGCAAGGAUGUGGUAGGUAUUAAUAACUAAUCUCUCGUUCCACUUUUCAACCAGAAUUAAUUAAACUUUAAUUUAAAUACCUUUCUUUACUCAAAACCUUAAUUCCAGCUCCAAAACAUGUUCUUCAAGAACGAUCCAUGCCCAGUAGAAGCAGCUGCUGACAUCCAAUACUGUGCUGCUCAAGGCCGUGACCAUCGUCCUUGUUGCCACGUAAACGGUGUUCAGAGCACGUUGGCUGGAGAAAAGUGUCUCACCUUCUGUGACCAGAGACCAGGCAAAGUGGUACAGCUGGAUUACUCUUACUUGCCAUGCUACGACCGUUUCGAGACCAUCAAACGAUGUUUCUACGACGAGAUCAAGAACAGAAUGGAGGAGAAACUGGCUCCCCAUCUAGACAAGAACUGA